AAAUGGUGGGGUAAACAUUCAUUAUAAGACGACCGAUGUCAGAAAUGCUGAAAUAGCCCAGUUGAGGACCUACAUACAGUGUGCAGGUUCUAUACAUACCCGUAUGCUCCGUGUGUAAUCGACCUCGAUCAGUGUGUGUCGGCAGAUCACGGACUAAAUAUGUUAUUAAUAAUUUGCUUAUAUGACCUUGUAUGGGUGUUUUUUUGCAUUGACUGAUUUCAUAUAUGUUGAUUAAAAUAUCAGAACACUUAUAUUUAGCAUUAAGAAUACAAACAAACAAAAUCUGGUACAUCCUGUUAUAAUUUCUUUCGGUUUGUAUAUAUCUAUAACAUGGGUAUGUUCGCCAUUUGUAUAAUUAUAUUUUGUCACACACAAAUGACUAAUUAUACUUCAUAAAGGUCUCCCAAUUAGUGUUACAUAAUAUAUGCGCUUUCUGAGAUCUUUAUUUGACAGCAUUUUGAUAAUGUAACAGGGAUAUAAUUAAUGUAUUUGCUUGUAUGUAUAUGUUUGUUUACUAAGUCCGUCCGUAGCGCGUCGACUGCCCAUGUAUAUAUUUCAUACUCCGAGUAAUGUAACUACCGCGUCCGCGUGUUGUAUUCUAUACUGUGAUGUUAUGUCUAUAGGUGUAUUGUGGUAUUCUGCUCGUUACGUAUGUUGAUAUGUUGGUAUACCGUACAUUUGUUCAUUGGUCAGUAGUGUUACGUCAAGUUGUGUAUGCGUUUUCAUUGGUUCGUUCUGGGUGGUCAGUUUUGGCGCGUGUUUCUUUGUGGGCAAAUAAAUCACGCUAGUAUCUUUUGAGGACUCGUAGUUGACGGACGGAGAGAUGUAAUGUAAGUGUUUCUUUGUCUUUGUGUAAUACCCAACGUAUAUGUAUUAUGUGUUUUAUUUGAGAUAUAAUUCUAUUUGGAUCUAAUCUAAGUAUAGAUGAUUUGUUAUUCCUUUAAUAAGAAAUCAGAUAUGAUUAAUGUAUUUUUUUAUAUGAAAACGUAAUAAUGGAGGUGAUGUAAUUUGAUUUUUUGUAAGAGGCGUUAUUACGUUGUGCCCAUUUGACUAAGGUUCGAUAAAUUUAUUUAGAUGUCUUUUAUUUUAAUUACAGUAUAUCCGUAUUGCAUACGAUUGAAGAAGGCGUCGUAAUUAUACAAAUAGAUAGUAGCCAAGGCCUUGUGCCACACUCAGGCUAGAAGACUGAGGUAAAAUGACUCAAAGAUCACUAACAAAGGACGAACGGCUAUCCGAUGAUCUCCUGAAUGCAUCAAGAAAUAAUGACGUCGCAACAUUUGAAAAAUGUGUCCGCGAUGGAGCUAACGUUCUUUGCAAAAAUAAGGCGGAAUGGAACGUUCUUCAUUAUAUUGGACUCUACCGUAGUUACCAGCUUUUAUGCCACGUGACACAACACCACGCAAACGUCAUUGACCUUAUCAAUGACGUCGCGAAAGAUGGAACGACGCCACUUCACAUGGCGUGUAUACCAAGCCCUCCAGAUAUCAGAGUCAUAGAAAAGUUUGUACGGAUUGGAGGGGAUCUCCUUCAACGAGAUUGGUUUGGGCUAGGAUGUAAAGACAAAACCCAUGACAGGAACACCAUAAACUUCUUACAAUGGCGAAAACUGCAUCCAAGUGGUUUACCUGACUCUGUUUUGGACAAUCAGAAAACAGCGGACAACGAUGUCAUCAUGAAGUAUCUACGCACGUUCGCUUUCAUGGAUGAUGGAUUUGCCAGGCGUUACGAACUUGCUUUGCAAGGAAGAGUAGAAAAAUCCUCAAAUAUCCGGGUCAUAUUUCUUGGUCCACCAGGUGUUGGAAAGACCACGAUGACGUAUCACCUCCUCGAAACACCCAUUCCUGAAGGUGGAGUAGAUUCCACGAAUAUGAUGAACGUCGACUUGAAUCGACUCAUGAUCAACCAACGCACAGGCGAAAGGAUUUUUCUACGCGGAAAUGACAUGGAGAGAUCGGCAAGUCUCAAUCGACUUCGUGAUGUGCUUGGAACAUUGUCAAUAUCAGAGAAAACUACCAAAGAAGGAAUGUCUGCUGGUGGCGGACGCAGUUAUAGUGGCGAUAUGGCUUAUGUCAACAUCUUUGACUUUGGAGGUGAAAUCAUGUUCAGCAACUUUCAGCACAUCUUUUUAAACGCCGAUGCCGUUAUCAUGCUGACAUUCAGCUUACACAACUGUCUAAAGGACCCAAGCAUACUUGAGACUGUGUAUUUUUGGUUGAAGUUCAUUUCCACCUACUCGAUUGGAAAGUACAGGCCUCCUAUUGUCCUCGUCGGUACACACCUUGAUGAGAUACCCUUUAACGAAAGAGAACCAACUCUGGAGACGUUCAUGGCCACUAUUAAAUCAGAGAAAAAGAAUCCUGAUAUUGCACAAAUCUUUGAACAACACGUGGUAGAUGUCAUCUGCAUCAGCAACCUCGAGCCAAGGGAUCCAGUGUUUGAAAAGCUAUGGAAAGUAAUCCUAAAGUGUGCUCCAUACCAAGCACAGUGGAAUCAACUCUUACCGGGGCAUUGGAUUGCAUUGGAACAUGACCUCAUGACGUUAAAGAGUCAAGGAACAAAGGUCAUGACCUUUCAGAAGAUAAAGGAGCGCGCUGCAGCCAUGGAUGUGACUGAUGUUGGAGCGUUUCUGCGGUACCUGAAUUCUGCGAGAAACAUACUGACAUUCCCAACAGAUGACCACAAAGAUUUGCCAGCGGAUCUGAAGGUCAUCUUGGACCCGGAAUGGAUGAUAAAGGCAUUCCGCCUCAUCGUCACCGAAAUCAAAUAUCACAUCGGAAAUUUGGGACAGGGUGACCCUCUUCUGCAGGAGUAUCAGCGGACCCGUCGGUUGAAAAAGGCCUUCAUCGAUCACGUAUGGGGCAAAGAAGACACCGACAAGUUUUUGGAAAACAGUACUACUCUCCUGUACUACAUUGAAAGAUCGGAAUUGAUCGUGAAACCGCUCCCGAAGGAAGACGAGGCAGGCGAUGACGUCGACACCUACAUUGUACCAUCCAUGCUUCAAGACCAGAGCGACGUUAACCUCGUGAGAUCUUACCUGAAUCAAAGAAACAUGGAGACGUCCUCAACACUUUGCAUCAAUUUUAAGAACAAGUUCAUACCUGAAGCAGUCUAUGACAAAUUUAUGGCUUCCCUUCUCUACCGAUUUGAAGUGAUCUCAACGAAACAAGACGAGCUUCUUUUACAACGGGGACUUGCUUGUUUCAUUUUGACGGGCAAUGUAAACAUGGUAGUUCAUUGCAAGGAAAAUAUGAUCAAAGUAGCCCUGUUUUCGAAGGAGUAUUCCUUUGCGAAGAGUCUGGCGGUUCCGAUCAGGACUGUUUUGGAAAAGCUGCUUAUGUCUACUCUUCAACGAAAUGACCAAGGACAUUUGGAAUAUAGCAGUCACAUUGAAAAGGAUUUCCAGAUUUCAGAAACAGACGAGAAAACAGUCGUUACAACAAGAGCGGAGAAGAAAUUUUGGUUCGGCGAUUUUGAGGACACGGGAACCACACCUGAUGUGAAAGAAUCUAGUCCCGGCCCUUCAGAGGUCCUAUCUUUGAAGCAGAUGAGUCGAAUCGCCAGACAUAUCAAAGCGUACUCGCAUGUGAUGUUCUUUAUGGAACUCGAUAUGGAUGACACGACCAUCAGUCAGAUUCGUUAUGACAACGACAUGUUAGAUUUCCGGUCUCAAGUAACACGUAUACUGAUUCGUUGGCAAAACAACCUGAAAACCGGUGAACAAGCUGCAUUAGGAUUAAUUGUAGACGCCAUGAAAGCGACAUCAAUGGACUCGACCGACAUGCUUUCAGAAAUCACUCCACUAUCAUUUUUCGAGGAAGCAAGGAAAGUGGCUGAAUUAAUAGACGAAACAGAAGUGCCACAACGUUGUCUUGUGGAAUCAGAGGUCAAAGAAGUGGCCCAUCUGGUGGGGAAAAUGUAUGUCGUGUUCUUCAUUGAGCUUGACAUGACCAACGAAGAUAUCGAAGAGGCAGAGAUGAAUCACCAUAGACAUGUGUUAGAGAUGAAGGAAAGCUUAUUUAAUGGAUGGUUAACACGUGAAGGUGAUGGUGCAAAUGUGGUGAGAGUCCUUAUGGCGUUUCAGGAAUGUCGUCAACUCAACUGGAAAACGUUGGUUGAUGUGCUGAAGAAAAUACCAAGUGUCUGAAUUCAUUUAUGAGGCAUGUCGUAUCACAAGGUAUCCAGGUAAUGUCACGUCCUCGCAUCUUGUUGUUCAAAGAUAGUCCUGAUCAGCUCAUCAAUGAAUUCAGUUUCUUAUAAAAACAGAAAGACUUCGGCCAGGAGAGGGGCAGAGUUUAUUAUCAUAGGAAUGCCUACAGCCUGCUGGAAAUGUUUGCCACCAAACUCAACCAAGAUAUUGUCAACCAGGAAUUCAACGAUUCUCACAAUAUCGCCCUCAGUAUUAAACAAAAUAAGCUCCAAAAUGAUAAAUCUUUAUUAAGAAUAUUCAUGAUUGCUUUGGUGGCUUAAUUAUUUCAAUUUGACUUCAAUUAACUGGUGGCAGGAAUAUCUCACUAUAAGUGUACAUAAGAGUAUAUAUUCGGUAUACGUAAAUAGGUCGAAUGUAACAGUUUAGCAAAUCUAUGUCAUACUUCAGAAGAUCCUGCUACACUUCUAAUUUCUUAUAUCAAAAUAACGUUUGAGUUAGAUAGUUACCUUCAAAGUUGGUCAAAGAUUACCUUCAUUUUUUGUCUUGAUCACAAAGAGGUAAUAUGCAUUUACCCCAAGACUGAUUUUGGUAGACAUUUUUGUUGUUGUUAUAUACAUAUAGCUAUAUGAAGUAUAGUUGUGAACAUUGAAACAUAUUUCCUCUUGUGAUAGAAACGAUUCUUUUAUUCUGAUAGAAUGGCUAGAACAUACGCCUGACAAGAUGAUAUUCAAUUAAACUUAAAAAUACCGAAACUCUGGGAUAACUAUCUUUAUCUUAAUGUGUCUUGGAUACAGAUGUGAACAUUAUUGAAAUAUUAAUUAUGUCCUUAUUCAACACUUGGUACAAUUGUGCAGAUUUUCAAUAAUAUUUAAAAAUUCAGAUCUUGUAUCUGAAAUGUUUCUUAAUUCCUGACAAAGCCUACCUAUGGUGGUUCAUUUGCAGAAAAAGUUUCAUUCGAAGUAAUUUGUUUUUGAAAAUAGAACGCUAAAAUCGCACUGAGAUUUCGUUCGUUUUUCGGCCGUGAUUAGUAUCCAAAUUGGUACACCAUAUCACAGGCUAUGAAACUUGUUUUUAUUUUUCUAGUUGAUGUGCAAUCGUAUAUACACUUUUAUAUUAUCCGGUUAUAAGGAGCAGAUAUCAACAUUCAAACCUGCUUAUAUUUAACCCCUUCAAAAGCCUCCACAAUUUCGUCGACGUAUAUCGUUUUUACUGGUUUUCGGAUAUGUUUACUUUGAAGUCAUUAUGUACUCUUAAAAUAUUUCUGGAAACAAAACUAUGAAAAUGCUUAUAAAUACCUCAUUUGUUAUACUGUCAAAGUAAAAAGAGCAAUUUUAAUUUUAAAGUACUAUUCGAACCAUUUUCUGACCGUGCACCAAUUCGGGUAGUGUACCAAUUGUGGUAGCGUGACGUUAUAUGCAAUAAAAAAAGUUCAGUAUAUAAAUGAGAAACAAACCAAAAGACAGAGUUGCUAGCGUUUUCUUCCAUGUAUGGGUUUGUCGGUUGCCUUAUGAAACCAUAAAUGGUCGAGAGCGCUUGCAACUCUUGUCUGUUACCUUUUUGUAUAGUAUUAUUUUAAAUUGUAAACAUCAUGCAUACACUAUUUACAUGAAUUUUGAGGAAGAUUAUUUUUCUUAU